GGUUUGUAAGAAUGAUUUUGGUACCUUUUUGGUGAUAUUUCAAUGGUAUAUUGGAUCAAUCUCCUCCGAUUGUCACGAUUAACCCUGUUGCUGGAGCACAACCCUAAUGUACAAUUGUGGGAAAGGGAUAACACUCACCAUGAAGACCCACAUUUUUCCCAGAUGGAGCAUCCGGACAUCUACUCUUGUUUCCGGCCGGCUGCCCCACCAGCCGCCUAUGUCAAACGUGUGGCCGAUUUUGAGCCUAUACCGCUUCCCCGCAAGCGCCCAACGGCUACCCCUGGCCAGGAUACGCCUCGGCCUGCUACUACCGGGCGUAUAGGCAUUGCACGACCCGUGGUGACACCGUUGGCUUCCCCGAAUACCCCAGCUACGGCUACCCAGGCUCAUCAGCCACAAGAGCCAGCAGCCCCGGGUGCGCCACCUCCAGAGCGCACUGCCGCAACCGGAGGUACCGUCCCAGCUCAGCGAGGCAUUGCCAGCACUGAACCUCGUCUCCGACGACGAGUAGCUGAGUCUGGCAGCCGCACCGAUCCGAUCCCUGCGGACCCACAAGAAGAAGAACGGCGUAUUGCUGAGGACAUCAUUCAUAAAGUCAACAAGUAUGCACUACCAUUGGGUACAACUCUACGAUGCAACCCUAUCAGCAUCUACACGAAGCGAUUGGCUGGAGGUCCAGCCAUCAUUCACCCCCGGGCCACCCCAGGUCGCCCCAUGGCCGACCGUAUUCCUACUCAGGGUUUGACCCCGUCACCUUCUCCUUCCUUGUCUUCCUCAAGCAAGGAGAGCGACUCAGAUCCGAAAUGCAAGGGCAGUUACGUCAGUAGUACCGUCAACGGCAAGUUUACAAACAAAUUUAAGUUGGAAGUAGAUACAGCUAAUAACACGGCGCUUAAGGGUACGGACUUCAACAUGAACGCCAGUCAGAUCAUGCAGAUGACGUGGUGCAUCACUUUUCGUGCCCCCUGCUCUACCCUGGAGCAAUUGUGUGGCAACCAGUCGUCUUGCAAGUACGUGGAAUGUGUUUUGUGUACGAAUAUUUGUACCGAUAUUGCUGUAUGA